AUGGGCUAUUAUGUCCUGGGAUCCGCAUUCUCAUCACCUAAGCCUCCCCCGGGAGACGAGAACCAACACUUGAAGCUCAUUGAGAUGCUCGAACGAGGUGAGUUGAAUAGUUACCUGUCAUGUCCAGCAAACUUUCUUCAAGCCAUCCUUCUGGCAUCUCACUUCACACGACCCGUCGAUGACCUCUCUCUUGACGACCCCAAGGAUGCGCAGCAGUAUCGUCUUCAGCAUGGUCUGGAGCUCAUGGAGAGAGUCAACUCGUUUGACCUGAACGCCUGGGCGGCCGGUGUCCAAGGACUGGCAUUGCAAAAUGAUUACCGGAGUCGACUGCAUGUAGCGUCAGCUCACAGAUCGGCUAUAUGCUUGUACAUUAAUCGGGUGGUGUCUGGAGGCGCUCUACUCGACGGGAGUAGUGUGAAAACGUUGGUUGCGGACAUAAUCGACCAUCUGUCACUAAUUCGUCCUGGCAAUCACUUACUGAAGAGUACGUCGUGGCCGACGUUCAUUGCAGGAAUUGAAACAAAGGACCCAAAGCAGCAGAGAUGGGCAGUCGAUCAUCUUUCUGCCUUGUGGGGAAUGUUGCCUUGGGGAUAUCUUCACACUGCCAUGGAAAUGUUAGGAAUGAUGUGGCAGUCAGACAAAGAGCCUCCGGCCCAGAGUGUGGCUGGAAGAGAUGGAUGGCCGAGACAUUUACUCGGUAAGGACUGGAUCGUGGUUUAA